AUGCAAUCCUUGCUCCUGGCUCUGUCCCUCGUGGGACUGAGCAGUGCCCAAGAGAUUAUCUUCGAGAAGCGAGGAGGGCACAGUGCCAUGUCGAUGUGGUAUGAAGCCUACAAUGAUGACCUGGCACGCUAUACUAUUCUCUCACUCGGCUGCGCUGCUGCCGCAUACUACGUCUGGUCUCUCGCCUUCCGAUUCUCUGGUCACCUGCGACGACUGGCUACUUUCACCGAUGACAAGCAGAAGUAUUUCGUCCCGGCCCACGACAAAUUCUGCUGGCUCAAGGAGCACUUGAUCUACGCUCCGCUGUUCGGGACCCGCCAUAAUCGCGAGUUCCAACUAUCUUCCGCUAUCAACAUGGGUAACCUGCCCAGCCGAUUCCAUGGUUUCCUCGUUGUCAGCGUUGUGGCCAUGAAUGUAGUUCUUUGCACAGUGACUACUCCUUACAACUCCGAGGAAGACACUCUGGCAGGCAUCGUGCGUAACCGUACCGGCACUAUGGCUACCGUCAACCUGAUUCCUCUGAUCCUCAUGUCUGGUCGCAACAACCCCUUGAUCGCUAUGCUGCAUGUUCCCUUCGACACAUGGAACCUUCUCCACCGCUGGCUGGGCCGUAUCGUGGUGCUUGAGGCUCUUGCUCACACCUUCGCCUGGGCAAUCCCCAAGGGCCAAGAAGCGGGAUGGAGUAUCGUUGGAAAGGCCCUAGCUUCUAGCAGCUUCCUCUUCGCCGGUCUGAUUGCUACUGCUGCAUUCACGGCCCUGUUGCUCCAUUCGCCGUCAGCCAUCCGUCACGCUUUCUAUGAGACAUUCCUUCACCUCCACAUCGCCAUCGCCGCCGUAUCGUUCGGCUUCCUGUGGGUGCAUCUGAAUGGCCUGGUUGCUCAAAAGUAUCUGCUUGCCGCCAUUAUUCUCUGGGCGCUGGAGCGUGCCACUCGCCUCUUUAUCAUCGUGUACCGCAACUUCGGCCGCGAGUCCACCAGUGCGACUAUUGAGGCUAUGCCAGGUGACUGCAUGCGCAUCAGUCUCCGCAUGGCUCGGCCCUGGACCUUCAAGCCUGGCCAACACAUUUACCUUUACAUCCCAGCCGUUGGCUGGUGGACCGCGCACCCCUUCUCCGUUGGCUGGAGCGAAGUUGAGGAGACCAUGUCUGAUGAGAAGGCCCUCCCUGUGGCCAGACAAGAUCUGCUCGGUGGACCGAAGAAGACUACUCUAUCCCUGCUCAUUCGCCGCCGUACCGGUAUGACCGACAAGCUCUUCCAGCGUGCUUCGAAUGCCCUUGGCUCGCGCAUUACCCUCCGCGCCUACGCCGAAGGACCCUAUGGCAACAUCCAUUCCAUGGACUCUUACGGCACGGUGAUGCUCUUCGCUGGUGGCGUGGGUAUCACACACCACGUCCCCUUCGUUCGACACUUGGUUGCCGGUUUCGCUGACGGCACCGUUGCAACCCGCCGCCUCACCUUGGUCUGGAUCAUCCAGUCCCCCGAGCACCUGGAGUGGAUCCGACCCUGGAUGACCAGUAUCCUGGCUAUGGAGCGCCGCCGUGAAGUCCUCCGCAUCAUGCUCUUCGUCACUCGACCCCGCAACACUAAGGAGAUCCAGAGUCCCUCCGCGACCGUGCAGAUGUUCCCCGGCCGACCCAACAUUGACACGCUCAUCGGCAUGGAGGCGGAGAACCAAAUUGGUGCCAUGGGUGUGCUGGUCUGCGGAAACGGUGGCUUGAGCGAUGACGUGCGUAAGGUGUGCCGUAGGCGACAGGCUAAGUCGAACAUUGACUACGUCGAGGAGAGUUUCUCCUGGUAA